GAAAAUGACUGUGAUAAAAUAAGGCAUGCUAUGUGUUCGAAAGAUGAAAAGUGUGUUUGCAAAGCGAAUUAUUUUCAGUUAAAUGAGACGACAUGUUCACCACUAUUGGGUGAAUUUUGUCGGAAAAAUGAAUCAUGCGCGCCAGAUAAUUCUCAUUGUGUUGAAAACGAAUGCAAAUGCAGUGAUAACUAUGAACAGAUAUCUAAUCAGCGGUGCCGACUGAAAGUUGUAGAAUCAAGAAUAGUGCCAAUUAUAGGAAUGGCAUGUAUUCAUGAUGAAGAUUGUAAUGAAAUAAUAUAUGCCAAAUGUUCAGAAGAAAAAGAUUGUGUUUGUAGAGUAAAUAAUGUUCAGAUAAACGAGACGACAUGUGCACCAUUACUCGGUGAAUUUUGUUGGAAAGAUGGACCAUGCGCGCCAGAUAAUUCUCAUUGUGUUAAAAGCGAAUGCAAAUGCAAUGAUAACUAUGAACAGAUAUCUAAUCAGCUGUGCCGACUAAAAGUUGUAGAAUCAAGAAUAGCGACAAUUAUAGGAAUGGCGUGUAUCCAAGAUGAAGAUUGUAAUAAAAUAAGAUAUGCUAAAUGCUCAGAAGAAAAAGAUUGUGUUUGUAGAGCAAAUAAUGGUCAGAUAAACGAGACGACAUGUGCACCAUUUUUGGGUGGAUUUUGUUUGAAAAAUGAAUUGUGUGCAACCGAUAAUUCUCAUUGUAUUGAUAAUGAAUGUAAAUGUAAGGACAACUACUUAAAGCAGUUUGAUAAUUUUUGUAUGCCGAGCGCGUUAGGAUUGUCCUGUAGUGAUGAUGCAGGUUGUGGAAAAGUGUACGAUAUAAAAUGUUUCAAUGCAACAGUAUGCAGGUCAUUAUUAAAUGGGUUUUGUUUAAUUGAUAAUGACUGCUUGCCUCAUAAUUCCUUUUGUAUUCAUAAUAAAUGUGUAUGCAAGCUUCAUUUUCAACCGACAUCCAAUACUCAAUGUGUACCACCCCCAGUAGGGUUAGACUGUAAACAAGAUACAGAUUGUAAUUCAACAAAAAACGUAGUAUGCUCUGACGAAAAAAAAUGCGGCUGUAGUAGUGGUUAUCAUUUAAUGGAUGCAUUGUGUUUUCCAACUAUAAACGAAUCGUGUCAAAACAAUGAACCUUGCGCGCACGAUAAUUCACUUUGUAUCGAUAAUAUAUGUCAAUGUAAACCCAAUUAUGUGUACCGUAAAUUUAAAUGUAUACCGAGUAAGUUAACUUGCACUACAGUCGAACUCCAUUAUCUUGGAACUUCCCUCAAUUGGAAAUAUCUUUAUGUAUUUAGAACGCAGAUAUUAUUAUAACAAUAAUAUCAUGCUAAAGAAUUGAGCUCAUUCGUAGUUACAGAUU